AUGGCCAGCCAACUCGGUAGGAAGGCGGCCGCGCAGCUUGCGGGCCAAACCCGGCUGUUCAGCUCGAGUGCAGCCCGCAAUGCCUCGCAGGUCAAGAGUCUCGGUGUAAUCGGCGCCGGGCAGAUGGGCUUGGGCAUCGCGCUGGUCGCUGCGCAGAAGGCUGGCGUGCCCGUCACGCUCGUCGACUCGUCGCAGGCAUCGCUGGACAAGGGCCUCGGCUUCGCAGACAAACUUCUCUCCAAGGACGUGUCGAAAUCGCGCAUCACCCAGGAGCAGGCCGACAAGGCCCGCGGCCUUCUCAGGCCAACGACCUCCAUUGAGGAGCUCGGCGGUGUCGAUUUCGUCAUCGAAGCGGUACCCGAGAUCCCCCAGCUCAAGUUUGACAUCUUCGCCAAGCUGGCCGAGGUCUGCCCCAAGCAUGCCAUUCUGGCAACCAACACCUCUUCAAUCUCCAUCACCAAGAUCGCCGCUGCCACGACCAAAGACCCCAAGGACACGUCUGCCAGCUCCCGCGUGGUCUCGACGCACUUCAUGAACCCGGUCCCCGUGCAAAAGGGUGUCGAGAUCAUCAGCGGUCUGCAGACCAGCGCAGAGACGCUCGAAACGGCCGUCGAGUUCUGCAAGGCCAUGGGCAAAGUCACAUCAGUCUCGGCUGAUUCGCCAGGCUUCCUUGCCAACCGCAUCCUGAUGCCAUACAUCAAUGAGGCGGUCAUCUGUCUCGAGACGAACGUUGGCGACCGCGACUCCAUCGACGCUAUCAUGAAGAAUGGAACAAAUGUUCCCAUGGGCCCUCUCCAGCUCGCCGACUUCAUUGGCCUGGACACUUGCUUGGCCAUCAUGAAGGUCCUCCACCAGGAGACGGGUGACUCCAAGUACCGGCCCAGUGUCCUCCUUGCCAAAAUGGUUGACGCUGGUUGGCUCGGCAAGAAGAGCGGCAAGGGCUUCUACGACUACUAG